CCACGAUAGUGCAAGGUAGGCUGUGAUAAAAAGUAGAUAAUUGGCUUGACCUGGGGUACGUCCACGGCAUAGGUAACUGUUUUUUCUUAAUUAAUAUCCUCCGGUUAAUUUUGAGUUUAUUCGAAGGACGGUGUACGGCAAAGUGGAACUUUGUCGUUUCUGUUGCUUCAAGGCUGUUUCAAGCGUUUGUGUCGUGUGCAACCACAAAAACCAAAGCGACGAGGACAUCGGAACAACCAUUUCAUUCCGAGCUCUUCUGGAAUUUUCACUUCGUUGCGUAUUAUUGCCACUUGUCUCCCAUGUAAACGCAGCCUCUGUGAACAAUGCUUUUCCCUUAAGAGAGUCUUGUCAAAAACGUCAGCUAUGAUUCGGUACAGCUGUAUUGUAAAAUAACAGCUAAAAAUAGAAACCUAUUUUAUCACUUGCGCAGUGUUCAGUCAGUCUCAGAAGAGGAGUGAACGCGGAUAGAAUACGUUGCAAUGGGCCUCCAGUACGCAUUGUUGUUCGCAUGUCUCACCACGGCUGAGGUCUGGGCACUGUACGAGGAAUGGACACCGAGCUUUCACUGGACGGAGAAAAUGACCAUGAAAAACCCGGAAAACAACCCUACCUUCAACCACCCUGAACUUGGGUCUCUGCAAGAUGCGUGGCAGGUCCUAGAAGAAACGUCAACUGAUACGUAUUUUCUGUUGUUUCGCGCGGCUGUGCCCGUUGAAAAGAAAUGUGUCUCCGCAACAGCUAAUAUCACAGACAAAACCAACAAAACCGCCACUCACACAAUAAUGAUUUACGAUACGAGACAAAGGAAAUACGAGAAUGCCACAAUACAAGUGAGAGCUCUGAAUCAAGCUGACUACCCGCUUGAAAACGUUAUAAGGGCCAACUUCAAAGGAAAACUCCCAAACGCUACUCCAGUUCCCCCAGGAAGCUACACGUACGCUGAGUACGAUAACUCUACCUGCUAUUCCAGAAGUACUCCCUUUCCUGAUAAAGGUAAUGCUGUAGAUUAUCGGCAGAGUGCACGAAACUAUGGUAACUCUAAGAAGAAUGUUCUAGAUGAAUUGUUCCCCUCUCCGGAAAGUGCUGACUAUGCUGACAUGUAUGUCAUAUACAACGAGCCGCAAUGUUAUAUCCUUAGGAGUCCCGCAGCCAAAGGAGGAUGUGACUUGUGGCUGAGAAAAACCGAGUUGAAACAAAUAGCGGAAGACCUGGAAGAUGAAAUUAUAAGAAAAAUAGAGCAACUCUAUAAGGAGGGUAAGGAAGAAUGGGGAAUCUAUGAAAACUGCACUGCGACAGCUGCUCUAAAGAAAAGAGUAGAAAUUUACGUAGAUUAUGACUUUCAAAGAUGGUGGAACGAUGUCGUAUGGGAACGGAUUUCCCUCGACUGCGUUCUCGCCUUCAUGAUAAAUUGUGGAAAGCCAUUCUAUAGCGUUUCCGAUCCGAGAACCUGUUAUACCACACUUACAGGGCAAUACGUG